UGUACAGUCUGGAUCCUGUAGUAAAUCAGUGAGCAGCUUCACUCCUGAGUCUCCAGGGUCGUUCCCUCUGAGAUCCAGCUCUAUCAGGUGAGGAGACAUUGGAGCUGCACUCGGUGGACUUGGAGAUGGAGGCCGUGGAGAAGCUGAUCCGCGACCUACAGGUGAAGCUGGCCCGGCUACAGCAGCGGAAAGCCACGCUGGAAUCGUCGCGGACCGACGCUCACCUGUCCCAGGUAAAUUCUCGGCAUGAGAAUUCUCCGACAACCUCUACUCCGCGUGCUUCUCUGCCCAGGUCCAACGCACCGAGAACGCAGCCUGCCCAGCUUUCCUUCACCCCGGCGCCGGGAUACCACGAGGCCUGGAAACUUCAGCAGCGGAAGACGCGCGCCAAGCCCCGGGCGAGGACCUCUCCUCCUCCGCCACCACCCGUCUUCGAGAUCUCAACCCGAAACCGCUUCGCUCCUCUCCGCGAGACGGCACACGACGCGCUGGUCAUCGGAGACUCCAUUGUCCGGCACGUGCGUGCUACCACAGCUAAAGGUAAGGCGUACACGCGCUGUUUACCUGGUGCACGUGUUCUUGAUGUUGCUGCACAGGUGCCUGCGGCCCUGAGGAAGAACAUUCGAGCUGUGGUUCUCCAUGCUGGCACCAACGACAUCAGGCUGAGGCAGACGGAGAUCCUAAAGAAGGACUUCAGGAGCCUGGUUGAGAAGGUCCGCAGCACAUCACCCACAACAAAGAUCGUCGUAUCUGGACCACUUCCGACAUUUCAGAGAGGAAUCGAGAGGUUCAGUAGAUUAUUUGCCUUCAAUGAAUGGUUACAAUCUUGGUGUCAACAACAGAGAUUACCCUUUGUUGAUAACUGGAAUGUUUUCUGGGAGCGUCCUAGGCUCUACCGCACAGAUGGCCUGCACCCUAGCAGAGCUGGAGCAGCGGUCCUCUCUGACAACAUCUCCAGGACAUUACGAACCAUCUGACUUGCGGUAAGUCAUACCUCAGAUUCUUUAGAUAUCAGCCACAAUACAACCCACCAUACUAAUAGACGCACACACAUAGCUUGUACUAUAGAAACUGUGUCUAUUCCCCGAUUAGUGAGAAAAAAGAAUAAAUUCGUUAAAUCCAGCCGAAACAAUCUGGUAACCAUUAAACCAGAAAAAGCCCAAAUAAGUAAUCGAAGUCUACCUCUAAAGUUUGGACUUCUCAACAUUAGAUCCCUUACGCUAAACCAACCGUCUGCUAGCUGCAUAGAGUCGUCACUCAGGGUUCACUCUAUUGAGACUGUGUCUGUUCCCCGAGCUAAAAACAAAUUUAGAAAGACUCAGAAAGUCUGUUUUAGUAAUUUAAUUAGCAUAAAGACCACAAACUUGGAUCAGACUGAAUGCGCAGCCGGCACCUCUGAUCUGAAGCUAGGACUGUUAAAUAUUAG